UUAAGAAACAACGCAUCCUGUGACAUCUCAUUCACAAUGUUGUGUAAUUCCUCGUUUGGUUUGUUGGAAAAGGCAACCCUUCACCCGGCGCAGUAGAGCAGGUGAAAGGUACACUGCAGUCACCGUCACAUCAUUCGCUAUUUUCAUUGUAUGUUGAUUCCUUUGGAUGUCCGCGCUCGCGUGAAAUACAAUUUGGCGGCAUUGGAGCACCAUUGGGAAGGGUUGCUUUCUUUCAUCAAAGAACGGACCGUUUCAUCUUUACCUUGAAACAGACUUAAAUUGAGUGCACUGGCUUGUGGUCAGACGCAAACCGGUACACGAUAUGCUAAACAGUGAUUCUAAAUCGAGCUCCGUGAGUUCGAAGGGAUAUGGAUUACUCGAUAAUGAAGAACCUUUGCAAAAACUGAAUGGGGAGCGAAAGAAUAACGCUGCUAUCAGCGUUUCGAAGAACUCGUUACCGCAAUACCAUGAUACAAAAGAAGAAAAAAGCAAUGAAAAGUCUGAUCAAGAACAACCUGUUAAUUUUUUUGCUUUGUUUAAAUACUCCAAUACAUGGGAUAAACUUCUUAUGAUAGUUGGAUUCAUUGUGGCAGUAUUUUCUGGUGCAUUAUGGCCCUUGGUGAUGAUAUUGUUUGGGAAUUUCAUUGAUCAGUUUGUUAAUCAUGCAGUUAGCAAUGCGACAGAUGGUAUUAGAGGCAACAGGAAUGCCUCUGACAGAGAAGACUUUUUGCAAGAGACAGCUGAACUUAGUAUGUAUAAUGCUUUCCUAGGCAUCCUUCUUCUUGUCAUCAGCUACAUCAUCAUUUGCUCUUUCAGUCUGAGUGCUGCAAAUCAAGCACAUAAAAUCCGUUGCUUAUUCAUGGCUUCAGUCUUAAAGCAAGAUAUUGCAUGGUUUGAUACACAUCAAACAGGGGAUUUUGCUAGUCGUAUGACAGGUGAUCUAAAUAAAAUAGAAGAUGGUAUUGGUGAAAAAAUAGGAAUUUGCAUUAGCUUUUUAUCUACAACACUACUCUGCACAGUGUGUGGAUUGUACUAUGGUUGGAAGUUAGCUCUUGUUACACUAUCUGUUACACCAAUUCUUACUGUAGCAAUGGGUAUUUUAACCAAAGUUCAAGCUGCUGUUACAAGAGAAGAAUCUGAAGCAUAUGGAGCUGCAGGAGCUGUUGCUGAAGAAGCAUUGUCUUCUAUUCGAACUGUAGUGGCGUUUGGUGGGGAACAAAAAGAAAUACAAAGGUAUGACAAAUGCCUUGCUCCUGCUAGAAAGAAAGGCAUUAAAAGAGGCUUCAUGACAAGCAUUGGAUCAGGUUUAACUUGGUUUUGCAUUUUUGCUGGCUAUGCUUUAGCAUUCUGGUAUGGAGUUAAAUUGAUAGUUGAUGAUAAGAAUAAUCCAAAUCCAGAAUAUACUGCAGGUACUUUACUUAUUGUAUUUUCAAAUAUCAUGACUGCAUCCAUGUUUUUUGGUCAAACAGCCCCAUAUUUUGAAGCAUUUGCCUUAGCUAGAGGUGCUGCUGCAAAAAUAUUUUCAGUUACACAAAGGAAACCUGAUAUUGACAGUAGCUCAAAGCUAGGUGAAAAGCCUGAUGAACUUGAUGGAAGUAUAACAUUCACGAAUGUAUAUUUCAACUAUCCAGCAAGACCAGAUGUUCCAGUUCUAAAAGGCAUCUCUCUGGCUGUCCAAUCUGGAGAAACGAUUGCUCUUGUGGGAUCAAGUGGAUGUGGAAAAAGCACAAUAAUUCAAUUGAUUCUUAGGUUCUAUGAUACAGUUGAAGGAAGUGUUGAAAUAGAUGAGAACAAUGUGAAAGUUUUGAAUGUUGGUUGGUUGAGAAGUAACAUAGGCUUUGUGGGUCAAGAACCUGUUCUUUUCACUACAACUAUAGCAGAAAAUAUCCGCUAUGGUAAAAAUGAUGCUACCCUUGAAGAAAUAGAAGAAGCUGCUAAGCUUGCUAAUGUUCAUGAUUUUAUAUCCAAUCUUCCUUUGAAAUAUGAAACUCUUGUUGGUGAUAGAGGAACUCAACUUAGUGGUGGCCAAAAACAAAGGAUUGCAGUUGCCAGAGCCUUGAUAAAGAAUCCAAAAAUACUUUUACUUGAUGAAGCAACUUCAGCACUUGAUACAGAAAGUGAAGCAAUUGUUCAAUCUGCUCUUGAUCAGGCAAGAAAAGGGCGGACCACCAUUAUUGUUGCUCAUCGAUUAUCAACUAUUAGAAAUGCUGAUAAAAUAUAUGUGCUGUCUGAUGGCAUGAUUAAAGAAAUGGGUAGUCAUGAUGAGCUUAUGGAAAGAAAAGAGCUUUACUAUCAACUUGUUCUAUCUCAGAUGAGUGAAAUAGAUGAUGAAUGUACUGAAGAUAUGGAUGAAAGUAGACAUACCUUAAAACACCAAACAAGUGUUUUAAGUUCUUCAUCUGUUGCAUCAGUUGAUUCAAUACAAGAUACCCUUCGUCGUCGUACUUCAACUUUAAUAUCAUAUGAUGAGGAAAAAGGAUUACGUUAUGUUUUUAAGGAUGUGGAUGAAGAUGAGUCAUCUUUGUCAUGGAUUAGACUGCUCAAGACUUCAUUACCUGAAUGGCCAUAUUUAGUCAUUGGUGCUAUUUGUUCACUAAUUAUGGGAAUUCACACACCUUUAUAUGGAAUUGUAUUUGGUUCUAUCCUUGGGGUAUUGUCUGAAGAUGCAGACAAAAUUCUAGAAGAUAAUGCAUUCUACUGUCUUCUUUUUCUCUUGAUGGCUGUAACAUCAUUUACUUGCUCAUUUCUACAGGUGUUUUUAUUUUCUGUUGCUGCUGAAAAAUUAACAUCCAGAUUAAGGAAAAUGGUCUUUUGCAAAAUAAUCACACAGGAUAUAGCAUGGUUUGAUCAUCCAAAGAAUAGUGUUGGAUCUUUAUGUGCUAAGUUGACCUCAGAUGCAGCAGAUAUGCAAGGGGCCACUGGAUCUCGAAUAUCAACUCUACUUCAAACUCUAUCUACUUUUGUGGCAUGUUUGUUUCUUGCACUGCACUAUAAUUAUAAAAUAGGAUCUCUUGUUUUCGCUUUUGUUCCUUUAAUUUUGCUUUCUGUUUAUCUGGAAGGACGACUUACUGCUGGACAGAUGUUAAAUGAUAAAACUAGCACAGAAGCUGCUUCAAAAAUUGCAAUAGAAGCUAUUGAAAGUAUAAGAACUGUUGCAUCUUUACAUCAGGAAGAAAAUUUUUUUAUACAAUUCAGAAAUGCUUUAGUUCAGUCUUACAGUAAUGCCAGAAGAAAAUCACAUGUCAAAGCAAUCGCCUUUGCAUUUGCUCAAAGUAUUCAAGUUUUUGCUUACUCAGCUGCAUUUUACUAUGGUAGUGUACUUGUUGCUGCUGGUGAACUUCAUUAUUCUGAUCUCUAUAAAGUUCUUGAAGGAAUUGUAGUUAGCACUGCUAUUCUUGGGCAAGCUGUUGCAUUUGCUCCUGAUUAUCACAAAGCCAAAAUUGCUGCUGUUCGGAUUUUCAAAUUACUUGAUAUAAAGCCAACAAUAGAUGUGUUUUCUCCAAUUGGCUCUGUAUUGGAAAAUGUUGACGGAAACAUUGAUUUCCAAAGUGUUUAUUUCAACUAUCCAAGCCGUCCAAAAGUAAAGGUUUUAAGAGGCCUUAAUCUAAAUAUUGAACCUGGAAAGACAAUCGCUCUUGUUGGGAGUAGUGGCUGUGGGAAAAGUACUUGUGUUCAGUUAAUUGAGCGUUUUUAUGAAGUGGAUAAAGGUGAUGUGCUUGUUGAUGAUGUAAAUGUGAAGGAUAUUAAUGUUAAAAAUCUGAGAUCUCAUAUUGGGCUAGUUUCCCAAGAACCAGUGCUAUUUAGUUACAGCAUUGCCGAGAAUAUUGCAUAUGGAAAGAAUUUUGAAGCUGUUGACAUGAACGAAAUAAUAGAUGCUGCUAAAAAGGCAAAUAUUCACAAUUUCAUCACAUCUUUGCCUCAGGGAUAUGAAACACCUGUUGGUAUGAAAGGUACUCAGUUAAGUGGUGGGCAGAAACAGCGUGUGGCAAUUGCUCGAGCUUUAUUACGAGAUCCAAAGAUUCUUUUACUUGAUGAAGCUACGUCAGCCUUGGAUGCUGAAAGUGAACGUAUUGUUCAGGAAGCGCUUGAUAAUGCAAGAAGUGGUAGGACUUGUUUAGUUAUUGCUCAUAGAUUAACAACUAUUCAGAAUGCCGACUCCAUUGCAGUUAUUCAUAAAGGAAGAAUUGUAGAACAAGGAACACAUCAAGAAUUAUUAAAAAUUAAGGGACAUUAUUACAAUCUCUAUAAUAGUCAAUAUUCAAAAAAGAAUAAUGCAACUGUGUGAUAACCUUUUCAAAUUUUAAAGCUGCAAAUAUGUAUAUUUUAAUAAUAUGAUAGGUGAAGGAAUCAUAUUUUUAAUAUUGCAGUUCUAGAUGUUCUAAAAACCAAUCGAGCUUUGAGCAGUCUUACUGCAGCUUAUUUUCUUGUUAUUUGGUUUAGAUCUGUAUUAUAUUUUAUGAUUUGUGUUUGUAUAUAAAAUAUCAUUUAUAUGAAUGUUUUAUAAUAUUAUGUUACUAAAAUUAUCUACAAAAUCUGUUAAAUUGUAUUUCUCUGUCCUAUACAACCUAAUGUAUUUUUUUGUAAAACAUGCAAUUAUAAUUUGUAAUUUAAUAUUUUUUUACUUUUUCUUUGAAUUAUUCAUGUUUUAUUUAUUGCCAGUAAUCAUAAACAAAAGGCAAGUAUGAAAUGGGUGGAUUUUUUUACAUAAUUUCUGGUGAGUCAAUAUUCUACUAACAAUACAAUUUAAGUUUUGACCAAGAUAGUAUUUUCAGAUCAAAAAUUUCCAUUCAUUUGAGAUUGUUCAAUUUUUUAGAAAUUCAUGCUAUCUCUAACCAAUUUUAAGGGACAACAUUUGUAUCGAUUUAAUAAACAUUUGCUGUUGCAAAAGUUAGUUUGAAAGCAUCCGUUAAACUUAAUUUUGAUUUAUUUUAGUAAUUUAUUCAAAAAUAUUGUUAAUUUUUAAGUGAUUCUAAAUUUUAAAAUUUAAUUAUUGAUGAUUGAUUUGUGGAGUAAAUUCAAUUAUAUUUCAAAUAGAGAAACUCUGAAAGUAAUGAAAAUACUUUUAUAACAUCUGCUGUUGGAAUUUUUAUAACUUACAUAACUAAUGCAAUUUUCAGUUUUUAUUAAAGCUCAAAUUUCUUUGUCCUCUAUUUUUAAUCAUUUUUUCUCAAUUAUUUGCAAUGCUUUAUAUAAUUUUAAACAAAUACUUAAAGGAAAACCUUUUUAUGUUCAUGUUUUCCUUAUUUGCAGUAUACUUGAAACACAUGUUUGUUUUCAAUCUGCUCUUUUAGAAGACUGCAAAUAAAGCUAAAACUGAACAAAAGUGCUUUUAUUUAAAAUAAUUAUAUUUGUUAGAAAUUUAACAUUUUGUAUUAUACUUUUAUUGCAUAUCUUACUUCAUUGUUUUAAAAAUGGUAAGUUACAAUAGAAAACAAAUUAGUACUUUAAAUUUCCAUUUAAGAAAUUUUAAAUGCAGUGUGUUUGAAAUCGAACUGUGAUUUCUUUUUAACAUAUUUAUUUAUUAUGUUUUAUAUUUGUUUCUUUGUCAGAGUUGUAUUUUAUUAUGUGUGGAAAUGUUAUUUUUUAUACUCAUGAAUGUUUAAGCAUUGUUUCAAAUAAAUUUGGCUGAUUUAAUUCUGCUUUCCUUUAUUCCAAAAGUACUUUAGUUCAAUUAUCUGUAUCAAAUAUAUUGCACUCAAAUGCUAAAAAAAGACAGAAAGGGGAAAGGAGGAGACAGUAUUUGCAGUGGCAUAGUAAAUAGUAAUAGACAUUUGAA